AUGCAUCUACUUGCACUCACACUCGGUGCACUACUUGUGUUUACCGCGUCGAACCAAGGCCAAGCAGCCGAUCAAACUGCUCAGCAACAAGCCAAGAAGUUCUUGGCGAAAGUUAAUCUCACAGUGUCGCCGAAUGGAACAGGCUACAAAUGGAUUACUCUGUGUCAAGUGAAGGCGCGCGUUGCUGACACCGGCUUCGAAGAGAAGGAAAACACGCAGACGUGCACCUACACGGCUCACGGUAUGAUUUCAGAGACACGUGUCAAAGAAAACGGCGAACAGUGGCGAUGCUCGUACAACAGUGAAUUCUAUGCGUCGGGCACGAUGCUCACAUACGAAAAUGAGAUCACCAAUAAGUAUGAAGCCGCAAUCAAGUUGGCCGGCGAAGCGAAGUACAAAGCGGCAGUUGAACUCUUGCAGUCUAUGGAAAGCCAACAUAUACAACGUCUGAAAGUGGCUGCCAACAAAGAUAGUGCCAAAUUGACAGCCACAGCCACGGGUGCUGCCUUCUUCGGCGGGGGCGGCAAUUGUGAUCUGACGCUUGAAGGAUUCGUCAAUCAACUUUUUUGA